GACAAGGAGAGGGCCAGGCCCGGUCAGUGCGAUCUGGGGAUGGGGUCGGGCUCACUCUGGGCUGGGCUGCUUGUUUGGAGGCGCCCAGCUGGGUCCAUUUCCAUCCUUCUGCAGGGGAUCCCCGCAUGCUCCCCAGAUGGACAGGUGGCAGCUCAGGUCACAGGGAGGCUCCGCGGAGGAGGGAGGCUCAGCUCCCUUGGCUGGUGGGUUCCGGUUGUUCUCUUGUGGGACCCCAUUAGGCCAGAAGUAUGACCACCCUGACGAUCGGUCUGGACCACACCGCGGACGUGUGCCCACGCCGGCACACACACUCAUGCACAGCCUGCAUGCUCCCCUGACUCCAAGACUGGCUCCUGUCCUGGAUCUACAGGUCAGGCAGGAGGGGAGAAGCCAGGACAGGAGGACUGCGGCUUCCCGGCCUGGUCUGUCCCUACCUCUCCUCCCCUGCCCAGAGCUCCCACCCUGGCUCAGCCACUCACUUGCUCAUUCAUUCUCGCCCACGCAAUCUGCCUGCUGGCCAGGCCCUGGUUCGUCUUUGGCAGGAGGGAAUGCCUGGUUUGAGAGGGGCCUGGUCCAGUGGAGAAAGGAUUUCUUUCUUCUUUUUAGCCCCAGGUCUCCUGAGUCUCCCUGCCCCCAAUGUCCAUGCUCGGAGUCAACCUGGGAGGCAGGCAGGGUGGCUCCGCCCCCUCCUCUUCCCGCCCCGCCUGGCACAGUCAUGCUGCCAUCUUGCAGCUUAUCCCACUUCAUCAGCAGUGGGCACCUUACUGCCCAACCAUCUCCUGACCCAAGACCGGAACCGGGGUCGUGGGCUGUGAACAGACUUCCUUGGGUGCUGAGUGCGAGGAAAGAGGAGUUGCUGGGUGGCUUUUUGAAAGUGGCCAGUUCCUAUCCCCUUCCAGUCCCUCAGUGGGCUCUGAGAUGUGGUCACACACGUCCCUGGUUGGACUCUGAGAGAUGUAUGACCUGUGACCUUUCCUUCUCCAAGGGACACCUGUCUUGGACUGAGGGAGCCUCGGGAGCUCAGGACUGCAACACAGUCAUUUGAAACAGCGAGAAAAGCAUUGAGGAAUCUUUUUGGGGAAAGAUAUGGACAACGAUCAAGAAGUACACGGGUCUCUGCAAGCAGAUGCGGGAAGCCACCCCGGGCCUGUUGCUGGGCUCUCUCAGAGGCAAGACAAGGGUGAAAGGCAGCAUAAGAGGAAACUGCUUGGCGGGCUCAAACCAUCCCUGCCUGCUUCAUUCCUGCUCCCCCCCACCAGGUGGCAGGCCCCGCCCCCAUACCUGCCAUUCUGGGAAGCCUCCAGCGUGGCAGGAGCAGGGGUGCGGCCUAAGUGCUCAGUGCCAAAGGGCUGCUGAAAACCUCCGAGAUGCCAACGUGGUCCCUUCCCCUGGAGAAGGUGCCCUUCUGGGAGCCACUUAGAGAAUACUACGUUCAUGACAAUUUUUUGUAUGAAUUAUUCCACCAAGGACGGGUCCGUUCCACAGGGAACUCCCCUUUCCACAGGGUUUCCCAUCCCUGGAAGCUUCCCCAGGGGCAGCAAUCAGAGAGCUAACUAAAGAAACAAGCAGUUAAAACCAACACACACCCUCUCCCGCCAAAGAAGCUCCACACCAGCAGGUGCCAGUCGUGACCAAGUCAGGCGAGGAGCGUGAUGC